CCCCUGUGCUGACGACGUCCGCGCCGCCAAAGCGUCGAGCUUGCUGUUCCGAUGUUUCGAGAGGCCGAGGCGGCCUGGACAAUUUCUUACCCCACAUCGUUGUUUUCUGUGCUGUGCGUUUUGACUGCAUUACGACUCUCGCCUCGCCGAACGAUUUUCAAACCCUGCGAUAACCACCGUAGCGAUCCCCGCGCGCUCCGAGUCCCGCUCUGCGUCCCGCGCGGCGAGACGUCGCGACACCCAUUCCGUUUCACCACUCUCCCCUCCCCGUCCCCCCGACAGAACAAGUCGGCAUGUCUCUCUUCGGCACCCCCUCACCGGAGGGGUCGCCCGACAUGCGAUCGAGCAACUUCGGCAACGGCAGGCCGUCUCUGUUCGAAGACGAACCGCCAAUGACUCGGUCGACCACCACGGCGCUCUUCGCGGACGACGAUGCCGGCUCCGACUCGCCCUGGGACAUGCCCACGCCCCGCAGGCAACAGACGCGCGCCGACGUGCUCCGCAACCUCCUCGCCAAUUCCACGGUACCCGACAGCUACAUUGACGUUUUCGAAAAGAUGGUCGCGGAAGAUGGCAGUGCAGGCCGCAUCAGUGCCGGCGGAGUCGCGAAAACACUGGCCGCCGCGAAGCUCGGCGCCGACGACCAGGCGCGGAUCAUGAGCAUUGUUGCGCCCGGCGGCAGCGCCGAGGACGUGUCUCUGGAUAGGAACCAAUUUAAUGUGCUGCUGGCCCUGAUUGGCCUCGCACAGGAAGGCGAACCGGUUAGUCUCGAUACGGUAGACGAGCGACGCCGGGAUCUCCCCCGGCUCAAGCUCCACGGUAUCGUCGACAGUACAUCAGCCCUUGCGCACGCAGAGGAGCUCGCGGCCAAGCCACCGCAACGACCCGCGACGCCGCCGAGAGCCCCCGACCCCGUCUCCCCGGCACGACACCGGAGCGUCAGGAAGCCGUCGAUGGAGUACCCCGAGGACCCGUGGAACACACCCGAUCUGCAUAGGAAUCACGAUCACGGCCCCGAGGCGCCGCGACUGAAUGGCCACGACCGCUCCUCGUCGGCGGGUCCUCCGAAUGGGAAUGCCUUCCCAACCGGCCCACAAGCGACUCUGCCGCGCCGGACCACGUCGACCUUUACCACCAACGUCCCGCCGUCGGGCGCGGGCUCCGUCGUCGAGGCGCCCGGUGCAUGGGGAGCCAUGGAUGGUAGGAACGCGCCAGCCACCGGUGGCGGGUUCAACGAGCAAUUGCAGAAUCCGGCUGCGCCGUUCGGCGGCAUCCCAACCGCCGGCGGGGCUUCUCAAGAGACGGCCGGUGUUCUACCCCCGGCGCCCGCUGCUGCCAACAGGACCAUUGGCGGCGGGCGGAAUGGAGCCCCCGUGCAGGAGCAUAUCAUCGUGACCCUGAUGCCAGAGAAGGAGGGCAUGUUCCUGUUCCAACACCAUAACUAUGAAGUAACGAGCACGAGGAGGGGAAGCAAGGUGAUUCGGCGGUACAGCGACUUUGUGUGGCUGCUCGACUGCUUGCACAAGCGGUAUCCAUUCAGAGUCCUACCCCUCUUGCCGCCAAAACGAGUCGCCGUCAACGGCAACCAUCUGUCCAACGAUGGCGCCUUCAUAGAGAAGCGGCGCCGUGGUUUGGCUAGGUUCCUGAACGCACUCGUUCGGCACCCCGUCUUGAGCCAGGAGCAGCUCGUCAUCAUGUUCCUGACCGUGCCUACCGAACUCUCCGUAUGGCGAAAGCAAGCGACCAUCUCCGUCCAAGACGAGUUCACCGGCCGCCCUCUGCCCCCGGGGCUCGAAGAUUCCCUACCGCCCUCUCUCGAAGAUCUCUUUGCCCGCACCCGCGCUGGUGUCAAGCGGAGCGCCGAGCUGUACAUCACGAUCUGCAACCUCAUGGACCGCCUGGUCAAGCGCACCGAGGGCGUGGCGGCCGACCACGCGCGGCUCGCCCUCUCGCUCUUGUCCCUCACGGAAGCGAGCGCCGACACGUACGCGACCGACACCAACGACGUGCCGCUGCUCAACGACGGCCUGCAGGCCAUGAGCCGGCACCUUCGCACGGCGCAGAGCCUCAUGGAGGACGAGUCGCGGGCUUGGGAGUCGGGCGUCCUGGAGGACCUCAAGCGUCAGCGGGACGCCCUCGUCAGCUUGCGGGACCUCUUCGACCGCAGAGAGCGGCUCGACAAGGACAACAUCCCCUAUCUCGAGAAGCGCAUCGCCGCCAACGAGAGCAAGCUGGCGUCGCUGCGGGCCAAGCCCGAAGGGCUGGUCAAGCCAGGCGAGAUCGAGAAGGUCGUGGAGGCGAUCAUCAAGGACAAGGAGUCGAUCGUCAACCAGCACAACCGCUCCGUGUUUGUCAAGGAGUGCCUCCGGGACGAGCUGAUCUACUUCCAGCAUACGCAGUACAAUGUCUCGCGCUGGAACCAGGACUGGGCACAGGAGCGGAUCAAGUACUCCGAGAUGCUGGCCGACAAUUGGCGCCGCCUGCUCGACGGCCUCGAGGGGAUGCCGCUUGGCGACUAAUUAAGCCCUACCAGGUACGCCGCGAUCGGUAGGAUGACGGACCGCCUGAAGAGAGAGUUGGGACAACGUUAGGGACCACGAGGCGAGAUGGGUACGGCCCCGGUAUAUAAUCGUCGGGAGAGCAGUUAAUGUCUGCUUCUUUCUUUCUUUUUUUUUUUUGAGUCCCUGUUUUACAGUUCAUACCAUCAUCAUCGCCGGCGGAGUUUCUUUUUCUUCUGUUUAGGCAGCACUGCAUGAGUGGUGGAAUGGGCGGCAGGCUAUAUAUGUAACUACCUGGGUACUCCGUAGCAGGAUCUGAGAUUGCGAUACCCCCUUAACCCCCC